UGUCGUGUCGUGGACAGCGAGGAUUCAUACGGAAAGUAAGUAAACGAGGUUGUUACAGCUUUAUUGUGGGUAAUCUACCAAAUCGCAGCAGAGAGAAAUUUCUAUAUAUUUUAGGUCCCUUCGAUCAUGUUUCUCAUUGCUGGGUAGACAUGGCAUCGUCCAAAACGUUUUCGCUUUUCCUGGUGACGGGAAUCCUGUGUCUAUGUGCACCUACAGCUAGUAGUGGUGAAGCCAUUGAUUUUGAAGCUCUCUCUUCCUUCAAGCUUUCUAUAACCUCAGAUCCCCUCAAUGCUCUGGUAAAUUGGGGCAACCAUACCCAUCACUGUAACUGGUCUGGUGUAGCCUGUGAUUCGCGCAGCAAUGUUGUCUCCUUCAUUUUGCCUGGAAAGCAGCUUGAGGGCGUCAUUUCCCCUUUCAUAGCUAAUAUUUCCUAUCUGACUCACCUCGAUUUAUCUUCUAAUUCCUUCCAAGGAACAAUUCCCUUCUAUUCGGGUAAAUUUGGUCGGCUCCAAUCUCUGAGUCUAGCCAGCAAUUUUUUGGUUGGGGGAAUUCCUGAUGCCAUUGGGAACUGCAACAGUUUAACAACAGCUAGUCUCUCAAACAACAAAUUAUCAGGCCCUAUUCCUUCUGCCCUAGGUGGUUGUACGAGCAUUCGUGGACUUGACCUGUCUAGCAAUGCUCUACAUGGUAUGAUUCCUCCCAAUAUUUCUCAGCUUCUUAACUUGGAACUAAUUCUGAACCUGUCAAAUAAUGGGUUAGAGGGAGAAAUCCCAACUGAGUUAGGCCGGCUUGGUCUGUUAUCAAGUCUUGAUCUUUCUUCCAACAUGCUGACUGGAAGAAUACCAUCUGAGCUGGGUAAUUUGGCAAAAUUGAGAUAUCUGAAUUUUUCUGGUAAUCAACUUGAAGGCCCUGUUCCUCAGAUGGGAGUUUUGGCAAGUUUCAAUUGGUCCAGCUUUGAGGGCAACGAUAAGCUCUGUGGUGUGAAUGACUCGAGGCCGUGCCCUGGGGUAGUCCAAUCUCAUCAACGCAGACGACAUACUGCAAUGGUUGCUUCUGUAGUUACAGUUUGUGUCUUUCUCGCUCUACUGUUUUGCUUAGCAUUUUAUUGUUUUUGUUUGAGGGAUCAGAAAACUAGAGCAGCAAAGAGCAUAUCUAAACCAAAGCCAAAUUAUACAAAGAGCUACCUGCAGGAAAGGACCGACUCAUUCAAUGCUGAAAACAUUAUCCGAAGCAGCAGCGGGAGCAUAGUCUACAAAGGAGGGAACAUAUCUGUGAUCGUUUUUAAGGUUGAUAGUUAUCGAGAGGGUCAAUUUUUCGAUCGCUCUGUUAAUUCUCUUAUGAGAGUCAGGCAUCGGAAUCUUCUGUGUGUGUUGGGAUUUUGCUGUGAGGAAAACUUGAAGGCUUUAGUAACAGAAUACGAGCCAAACGGAAAUUUAGACGCUCUCAUGCAUUCUGUGAGAAUGGAGGACCGCAGGAAGAUGUUCGACCUAAGCAAGCGUAUUGAUGUCCUCAUAUCCACAGCUGGGGCACUUGUUCAUCUGCACGAAUAUUCUAAACCUAAUAUUGUCCACUGCCAUUUGAACCCCACAAACAUUUCUCUGGAUGAACAUUUUCGAGUUCGUGUGAGCGAUUUUGGGAUGGCAGACUUGCUUCAGAAGCAUCUUCAGCAAGAGCGGACAGCAUCGUCUGCUAUGGAAGGGACAAUCAGCUACUUAGCACCGGAGCUUGAGCGGGGGAUGGGGGUUUAUCAAAAAGCUGACGUCUUCAGCCUUGGCGUAAUCUUAAUGGAGAUGCUGACGGGAAGAAGAGCCCCUGCGAGUUUGGAAACCGAAAGUGGCGCAAGAAUAAGCCUGCGACAGUGGAUUGAAAUGGGCAUCGAUGGAGGCAGCUUAGCUACUCUGGCUGAUCCGGCUCUUGUGCAGAACAUAAGUGAAAGAGAGAGCGAGGGAAAGAAGAUUGCUAGUUUAUUUAAGAUCUCUCUGAUGUGUACCGAGGAAAUAGAAGAAAAUCGUCCAAGUAUGAGCCAGGUGCUUGCUUGGUUUGUCAAUAUUAAACAUGAUCGAGUGGACUGUAACACUGUGAUUUGAAUGUGUGUGAUCUGUCUUGCUGCUCUCUAUUUCUUCCAUGUUUUGUGAUUUUCACUUUCCACACUGAGGUUUUCUGUGAAAGAAUAAGAAUUUAUGCCAGAACCUGCCUAUAGUGUAAGAAUUACAUUCUGUACUUUGUAUUUGUAUCUUUUACAAAGUAUCUUUUUAUUGCGAGUUUCAUAAUAUUUUGUACAAAUAUAGUCAGUAAUAGAUCUGUAAGGUGUAUUUCUUUUCAA